AUGACAAGUGUUUUGAAGAAAUCUAGAGGCACUAAAGGAAAAUCUGAAUCCAUGCAAGAGGAUCUGCCUUCAAGAUGGGGGGAGGUCUCCCGCGAAAAUCAGUCUGAGGAUGCCGCGAAACUGAUAAAAUGUAUCGAUGAGAACAUCAUCGGGAAAGGAAACUCUUUCUGUGGACCCUUUGGGAGGAGAAAAGUGAUCUACUGCGACUACAACGGGUCAGGUCGAGCCCUGCAAUGGAUAGAGGACUACGUUGCAAGAGAUGUUCUGCCUACACACGCCACAAGAUGCACAGGACUGUCCUAUACGUCGGGACAGAGCGAGCUUUACAGAUCAGAAUCAAAGUCGAUAAUAAGACGGUUCGUGGGAGCUUGCCCUGAAGAUGUGGCGGUGGUAGGAGCCACGCUGGUGAGGUUCCUCAGGGCACUGCGUCCGGAGAAGGUGGUACUCUUCGUGUCUUCGAGGGAGACGGAGAGGCAGAUAGCGCCAUGGAGGGAAUAUGACACUAAGGUCAUAAAAAUCCCAGAAACGAAAGAAGGUUACAUUGACUUGAACAACUUGGAACAGAGACUACAGCAAUACAGUAGCACAGGGAAGAGAAUGAUUGGAUUCUUCCCAGCAGCUUCCAAGCUAACAGGAGUCUUAGCUGAUGAUGUGGCCACGACACUACUCCUGCACCAGUACGGAGCAUGGUCCUUCUGGGACUACACCUUGGUCGCUCCUUCGUCUGCUAUCGACAUGAACCCAACUUUCCCAGGAGUUGAUGAGGAGAUGGUAAAGAAGGAUGCUCUCUUCUUUAAUUGUGAGAAGUUCGUUGGAGGUGUCCAAGGUCCGUGUGUUGUGAUUGUGAAGAAGGAUGUGUUUGCUGAUACUCCGAUUUAUGCUGAUGAUGUUGAGGUACUAAGCGAGAGGAUCGAAGAGUUGAAGUGUACUAAGGGCGUGAGGGCUGCCCUAGUGAUGCAGUUACGAGAUGCAGUCGGCCUUCAAAAUAUUGUCGAGAGACAAGAUAAUAUAAGCAGACAAGUUCUUGCACAUAUAAAGAACAUACCGGAGUUAAUACUGCUGGGCAAUGUAUCCCCAACAGUCAGAAGACUUCCAAUCUUCUCAUUGAUGGUGAAGCAUCCUCGAGGAACCUUCCUGCACCAUAAUUUCAUCUGCGCAGUCCUGAACGAUGUCUUUGGUAUCCAAGCCAGAGGUGGUCUUUCCAGCAACCUGAACUACGGCUCCGAUGUCCUUGGCAUCGAUAGCCAACUUCUAAGGGAAUACGAGAAACUUCUAGACGUGGAAGCUCAGAAAGAGAUCGCUCGAGUGCGUAAACUCAGUGAUGUAAAGGCACCUGAAGUCCCCAUUUACAAUGAACACCUCAGACCUGGAUUCUGCAGAGUUUCUCUGCCUUUCUUCAUGUCAGAUACUGAACUGGCCUUCGUUCUAGAGGCUUUGAAGAUGGUAGCCACAGAAGGAUGGAAAAUCUUACCGCAAUACGUUGUGAACCCUGAGACAGGACAGUGGAGACACCACACCUGUGCAGUACUUAGGGACAGAAAGUCAUUGCACUCACUGAGGUUCAACGACGGCAAGAUGACCUCCCACGAAAGAAGAAUUUCUGGUCCAGGUAUUUUCCCACAAACAUAUACAGAAACUCUUCAAACAGCAAGAAAUCUGUUCAACAGAGCUAGAAAACUGGCCAUGAAGUGCUCAACAGCUGAACCAGAAGUAACCUUUAACCCACGCAUAGACUAUCUCAGAUGGUUUAUGUUACCUAAAGAAGCCCACGACCUUCUGCUCGGUCGAUCGGGUAAUGUCAAACAUAUUGUGCCAUUUGACCCAUCAGGGUACACAGGAGCAAGAAAGAGCCUAAAUCUGACAAGGUCUUCCAUUACUUCUUCGCCUAUAUUGGGAUCGUCGCCAAGACAUUUCAGUCUUUCAGCCAUAGACGACUGCCAUAUAUUUAGACUGAAACAGAAAACAAAGUUCUACUCGAGAGAAUCAAGUCUACGGGAAAAUCAUAAAGAAGAAAGUGAAACACCUCCAGUGCAGUUUGCUGUCGGAGAGUCUGUGUCACCACUUCGCAUGAUACCACAGAACAGACAACCUCAGCUAGUCAGGUCGAGAUGCUACAGCUUAGGGUCAGACAGCCCACCAGCAGCACUCAGCGCACAAACAAAACUAAACCUGGGCUUGAAAGAAACCAGUCCCAACAAUGUCAUAGAAAAAUCAAAUUUCUGUAACUGUGGAAGUCAAACAGACCUGCAGUCUUUAGAUGACCCCAUGAUCUCACCUAACAAGGCGUUCCCCUAUAGUACACAGAGCAGUACAUCAGUAUCUGACUGUAGCCAAGUAGGACGAACAUCGCCGACAACCUCACUAAACUCACAAACCUCAGAAGAUAUCCAGGCUUAUGUCAAGGAAAUGACCAGAGAAAUAGCGACAGAAAUAAAGUCAGAAAUUCGUGAAGUCAUCUCCAAAGUAGAUGAUAUUUUAGAAAAUUCUGAUUCGCUCGAACAGUCGAAUCUUAGUAUGAACUCAAUAUCUAGUCAGAGCGAUAAGAAUUCAGUAUCAGUCAUAGAUGUAGCUGAGUAUCUCAUGGGUAUGUCACGGGAAAUGGCUUCAGAAGUGAAACACGAAAUUCGUGAAAUGGUUAAUCAGGUGGACGAGAUGAUAUCACCAGAUUACACAGGGUCAUGUUCUCGAAAGAGUUCUCCACCACAAACAGGUCGACAAAGAAUUGGUUCUGGCCCUGAGUUAGGACUGGAUCUAAAAAAGGCGCCAGCCAGUUUAAGGAAAUGUCCCACUAGUCCGGUACUGCCUCAGUAUGACGAAGAUGAAAGUCGUUUCUGUAAGCGGUCUCCGAGCACAAGUUCGCCAAAGUCUGCACAGUGUACACCAUCGCAUGAAGCGUCAGGGCCUAACAGCAUUUCAUUCAAUUCGAGUGAGACAUCGACACCUGACACGAUCAUUCAAGUGGUCACAACACAGAACUCUCCGAUCCUCCCUAAAUCGCUGAGUUCACAAAAAUUGUCGGAUGAUGAAGCAAGUUGCACUGACGUCACAUGCAGACAUUGUUCUAUCAAGAAAAAUUGGUGUCAAAAUCCGUCAGUCAGUUCACAGGACAGUGGUAUCAACAUGACGUUCACAGAAACCGACUCAUUUCUAGAAUUCGAUUCGACGACCAAGACGAGAAAGUUCCAGGGCAGACUACGGAUAUGCCAGAAACAUGAGAAGAGUGAAGUGCCAGACAUUAUAGAAGGUGUACCUGUCUGCUCUGGUGACCACGUGCGUCAGACCAAGAGGUACGACGCCACAGACUCCAGCAGAGUUGUAUUCGCUGAAGAUCCUGAAAGACAGAACAGGGCCACGACGGCAGUGGACUCAAAGCGCUGCAGCCGUUCCUCCAAUGCGUCCUCCAGCUGUUCUGAUAGAAGUUCUCGAUCCAGUGGCUAUGGCACAGACCAGAGGACACAUGAUGAACGGUUUUAUGAUAGGAGUGAGUCAGAGUGCCCAACGUUCAAGCCUCACUGGGAGGAGGAGAGAGAGGAACAUGAGGAUAGUAGCGCUUGCAGUGACGCGUCCCUCACGGACCUCACCCUGGACGACGACAGCAACUGGCACUGCCCUCCUAGGGCCGUUUGGAAACCCACUGUUGAGGCAAUCCACGAAUACAACAUGAUCAGGCCAGGAGACAAGGUGCUGGUGUGUCUGUCAGGAGGCAGCAGUUCCAUAGCACUCCUGCACACCAUGCAUCACUACCAGCUCUACUGCAGGGCCAAGGGCAUACACUUCAGUAUUGAUGUAAUUUGCAACAAUCCAUGGAGCCUAGCAGCUGAGGCGACUCGUUGGUCGUGUCGUAGCACUCGUAAGCGCGCUAUUGCUACGGCGCUGGCGCACGGCUACGGCGUAGCAGCGCUCGCGCAGCACCUCGACCGCGCUGCUACGGCAUUCGUAGCAGCCGCCCUACAUGCUGGGACACUCAGGACCUUGAAGCCACAUUAUACUCUACGCGACCACGACAUCCGUAUAAUCCGACCGUUUAUCUACGUGCGCGGGCGCGCGCUGGCUGCGUUCUCCUGCGCGCGCGCACUGCCGGACUUCCGCCUCGCUCCCCACUCCCCCCACUCCCCGGACUCACCGCCCAACAGUCCUGCACAUAGUGACGACAACGGGGAUAAUGGUAAAGACAACAUCCUGGACGAAACGUUAACCGAAGCUUGUAGCUCAUCAGCAAAGCAACUGACACAAGCAUCAAGUGAGGAGUUACAGAACAAGAUCCUGGCAGCCUCCCUGGCAGAGCCUCUGGAGAGUGCUCGUGACCUCCUCGCCUCCCAGGAGAGGAUGUACCCGUACCUCUUCACUAGCCUCAAGAGUGCGUUACGUCCUCUUUUUAAUGGCAGAGACCUGAACAAAGAUCAGAAGGAGCAGCGUCACAGAAAGAAGUCAGUCAUACAAAUGAGGAAUGGAGCACCUGUGUAUGACUCAGACGAGGACAGUGAGGAAGAACUGCUUCCGUAGGCGACUGCCACCUGCCACAGCUGUCUGCCACCCGUGCCAGGGUGCCAACUACUCUAGAGUGCCAGAUGCCAAACAUGCCAACUAUUACUUACAACUAUAUAUUGAUUCAGCUACACGAUGUAAUUAAAA